CAGAAUCUUAGCAGACCACAUUCCCCGCUUCUCCUUCUCCUCGCAGGUCCUCCCAGCUCAACGCAAACAUUAAGAAGCGAGCUGCUUGGCUUAGCCGCUCAGCAGGGCCUUUUCCUUCACUGUGCGGGUUUUCCUCCCCUCUUUCUUACUUUCCGAUGAAAUAAUAUCUGACUGUGCAGCAGCAUCAAUCCUCGUUAGCGUCAAAUCAAUGUUAGUGUCCUCACCAUGGCAACAGAAGACAAGAAACCAGAAACUGACACUAAGCCUCCAGUGGUUCCAUCAGCGUCUGCCAGCCAAAGCAAGUCUGCCCCUGCGAAGCCAAACUACAGCCUGAAAUUCACAUUAGCAGGACACACCAAGGCCGUGUCGUCCGUCAAGUUCAGCCCGAGCGGAGAAUGGCUCGCCAGCUCAUCUGCUGAUAAACUCAUAAAAAUCUGGGGCGCGUACGAUGGAAAGUUUGAGAAAACCAUCUCUGGACACAAGCUGGGCAUCUCUGACGUGGCGUGGUCCUCGGACUCCAACCUGCUGGUGUCGGCGUCCGACGACAAAACCCUGAAAAUCUGGGACGUCAACUCGGGAAAGUGCUUAAAAACCCUGAAGGGCCACAGCAACUACGUGUUCUGCUGCAACUUCAACCCGCAGUCCAACCUCAUCGUGUCGGGAUCGUUCGACGAGAGUGUGAGGAUAUGGGACGUGAAGACUGGGAAGUGUUUGAAAACACUGCCGGCUCACUCCGAUCCCGUCUCUGCUGUUCACUUCAACAGAGACGGCUCUCUGAUCGUGUCCAGUAGCUACGACGGACUCUGCCGAAUCUGGGACACGGCGUCGGGGCAGUGUUUAAAAACUCUCAUCGACGAUGACAACCCUCCUGUGUCGUUUGUGAAGUUUUCUCCCAAUGGGAAGUACAUCCUGGCUGCUACUCUGGAUAACACGCUGAAGCUGUGGGACUACAGCAAAGGAAAGUGCUUGAAGACGUACACAGGCCAUAAGAACGAGAAGUACUGCAUUUUUGCUAAUUUCUCUGUCACCGGAGGGAAGUGGAUUGUGUCCGGCUCUGAGGACAACAUGGUUUACAUCUGGAACCUGCAGACGAAGGAGAUCGUGCAGAAACUGCAGGGCCACACAGACGUCGUCAUUUCGACCGCCUGCCACCCGACAGAGAACAUCAUCGCAUCUGCUGCUUUAGAAAACGACAAAACCAUCAAGCUAUGGAAAAGCGACUGCUAAUUCAGUUUUUGGGAUAUUUUUGGCCUAUUCACCUUUCUAUAUAAAUAUAUGUUGUUUUUUUUUUUCUACAUUGUGUUGCAAGACAAGAGGACCUUUUUUUUUUUUUUUUUUUUUUUUUUUUUUUUAAUGGAGCUCCGGAUGGAUGCAGAGAACUGUACCUGAAGUUCAGUAAGGAGUAGCAAACCCGUCAACCACACAUCGGCUUCGCAGUGCAGAUCUUCCUCACGUCUGAAGUGCGUCACGUUUAUUCGUCUCCUUAAAGAAAGCAAGUAAAUCGUGUUAAACCUUCAGCUGCUUCAGUAUUUUUGACUCUGCCUCUCUGUUUUUAACAGCUUCUGUACAAUAAACGUAAUUGUUUCCAGGCUUGUUGUUCCUCGAAUUCCUGUGUGACUGUAAAGAACCAUUUAAAUGAAGAGGGGAUAUUUACAUUAACCUUCAGUCUUAAUGAAAUGGGGGAGAAAAAAAAAAAAAGCCGCAUCAAUAUUGCAUUUUUAUCUUCCCUAAACGUCGGAUCUUUGUGCCACUUUUUGUUUUUUUCAAAAAAUGCCUCAGAAACUGAGUUUAACUUGGUGUGGAAAGUUAAUUUUAAAACUUGUUUUAAUAUUUUAUUUUAGCAUAAUUGUACGAGCAACCAGUCACAAUUCUUGUGUUCCAUUUGUACAUAUGAACUGAUUUUUUUUUUUUUUGGGUUGCUUAUGCUCUACUAGUACACACCUGUGUGAAAACAACAAGCAACAUCCGAUUUCUGUAGUUAAUCUGGAUUUCAGUGGAAUACUUGUUUGCAGCUCUCAGAUAUAAUCUGCAGCCUAAUAAAGUUUUGUAUGUUUCA